CUCACACUGACAAUCAGAUAUAAUCAGUCAGAAUCACUGAUCGUGAUCACAAAUAGCUGACCGCAGAAAUGAUAGUGUGAAUAGUUUAAUUUCAUAAACCUGGAUUCUCCUUGUGUGUAAUGAUUUAUAUCGCAAUGUUUAUGCGAAAAAAAAUCAAUCAGCAUCGUAUAUAUUAACUAAAACAAUAAACAUAGAAUACCUCACUUGUACAGGCUAAUUACAUUAAGAUUUCACUUAAUAUUUAUAAACGAUGUAUCCGGAGAAAGUGAUGAAUUAUAGACUGCAUUGUUACGCCUGAAAAUGUUAUUAUUUUUCAGUUUAUUUCCUUAUUAUUGUGAUCGGUUUACAAAGUUGAGUGUUAAUAACGAGUUUAAAAUGUGGUACGCUGCGGUAGUGCGGUUCAUACGAAGACGUUUAGUUUUAGGCAUUAUAUUUGCGUCUUCUUUAACUUACUGUAUCGUCAGCUUCCUAAGAGAGGGCAGUAGCAGAGGCAUGAUAUACCAGGAUGUUUCAUUUGAGAGGAAGCCAUUUGUUUGGAGAACUCUACAGGAACACAAUGACACUAUAGAUCAUAUUAUGUGCAGAAACUCUGUCCAAGGGAAAUCAUUACUUGUUGAUGAUAGAGGUUACGUAUGUCAUAGAAGUGACAUGACAAAGAAUGGUUGUUGUGACACUGAAGCCGACUCUGCUGACAGGUACAGCUGCGAGACUUGUACAGAAAAUAAUUGCUGUAUCAUAUAUGAAUAUUGUGUGUCCUGCUGUUUGGAUCCCAGUAAGAGGCACAUGCUAGAAGUUGUGCUAUCAAAACUCUCGACGGAGAAAAAUGUACUCUUCCGUUCACUGACUGACGACUAUGAACUGUGCUUGACGAAAUGCCGCACUAGUUCACACAGUGUUCUCCACGAGAAUUCUUAUAAAGAUCCUAUCAAUAAACAUUGCUUCGGUGACGAGUUACCAAGAUCCCGGACACCAGACUAACAAAAACUCAUUACUAAUUAACUUUUAGUAUUUUUUUACAUUUUUACAUUUCAAAAUGGAGCUAAGAUUUAUUAAGUUAAUCUUUCGUGCACAUUCGGUUUGUUAUAAUUAGAAUGUAUUAAUUUGAAAAUUUAAAAAUACUUGAUGAGAUGUUAUGUUUUUGCAACAAUGAUGUGCGCAAAAGAUCAAUUCAAAGUCUAUCUGUGUCUUAAGUGCUACAAACGAUACAUUUCAUAACGAAGGAUAUCUUUUGGUUACUGAUAAGUAUAGAGAAGAUUUUAAAUCAAACUAUUUACUUAAAAAUACCAGUGAACAUGGAGAUUAAAGAUAUCAGAGAGUAACUGAAGGUUGCAAUAAUAUUAAGUUUAUAUGUAAGCAAUGUAUCUGUUUAAUAAGACUAAAACAAAAUUUAAAUUCAAGUGCAAUAUACAUUUAAGUGAUAUUUCAAAAAGUACUACAGUGACAUAAUAUGUGACUCAAGGUAAACAAAGCAAAAAGUCCUUAUAAUUUUAUAACUGGCUAACAAUUCAGUGUGUAAACUUCCUCAACUCGUCGAGUACCGGUUUUGUAGACACAAUUAUAGAACAAUAGGUUGCGGUCACCGGUGACCGCUUGGUAUUAUUUGCCAAAUACUAAAGACUAAUGAAAUUAUUAAGUUUUAAAAGAAAGAAAAGCAAGUGAUGUGUCCUGGUUUUUUAAGGAAGCAAGUAUGUUAUUAACUGUUUAGAAAUUAAGUUUUUGUUCUGCAAAAAGGCCAAAAUCAGUGAGGUCUUAAACUGUCAAACACCGAGCCACGGAAUAUAGAAUACAAUGGAAGUAGCUUGAAACAAUAUUUCUGCCAGA